AUGGGCUUUGGAUUGGUGUCUAAAUUGUCACGUCUGGCCGUCAGCCGUUGGUUCAAGAAAGAAGAGGCAACUAUAACAACCGCCGAAAGUGAUACUGCAUCGGAGGAGAACAAUGAAAAUGGUGAAGCAAAUCAAGUCCAAUCGAUUGACUGGAAUGAUCUCAACUAUCCUUGGGGUCUAAACCUUGUGCACUAUAACCGAAAUGAACUGGAAGACGCUUCUGCAAAGGUCUCACGUAUCUCACACAUCGGCACAUUCCUUGUCUAUGGGACGUUAUUACUCAACCUAGUAGACGUGAUGAUUCUUGCGAGCAUGGGAGCUUAUCCAAUGCGAAUACUAUAUAGUUUUUUCGACAUAAUUCUUCUAGCUCCCGUUGUAUGCGCCAAUUUCUACUUAACAUUUGUUACGUUGGCAACAAAGAAUAAGAGUUACCUCGCAUUUUGCACCGGAGCACAUAUACUCAUGUGCCUUCUUUAUUUGACCCUUGCGAUCGUUGGUGAGGGACCUAUAAAUGGUUUUACCAAGUUCACACACUUAAAGAGUGAGAUUGCAGGAUGUGCAGGAAGGAGCUACCUCAAGCGUUUGGACAUGCGCAAUAGUAGUUGA